ACCACACUGCUCUCUCUUUGCGCCACAAAUAGUUCCUUUGACACAAGCCACAUUAACCGGGCUUACAGUGACCGAGUCACCCUUGAUCGGAUGUUCUGCUCAGACAUGGCGACACUUUGUAGAAAUUGUUAUACGUGAGGUUUUUUUUUGGGUAAACCUGCACUUUUACGCACUUAAUUUACGAGUGGAUUUCGUAAGAGAGUUUUAAGGGGUUAGUGUUUGGCUUUUUCCCCUUGACUUUCCUUAGAGGUAAACUCUGCCGGUAUGUUUUCUCUCUUGUACGGAUUGUUGUGUUUGUGUGCGCUGGGCUGCGGACAACUAGCGACUAACAACCAGGCGGACGAUGGGAAGCGAUACAUCUGCCGGGCAAUACCCCUCAGCGGCGAUGCCAGUUGCCCCGUGACAUUAUUACCCGAGCUAAACGCCGGCAGCCAGGAAGAGGAGCUGAGAAAUACUGUCAUGCAGCUACGAGAGACAAUUUUACAGCAGAAAGAAACGAUUUCCAAACAGAUAGGCACCAUCAACGAGCUAACCACCAAGCUGUCCCUCUGUGCCUCAUCCACCGACGAUAGGAAAUACGACAAGGGGGCUUCCUGGGGCAAAGAGAAGCAAAACACAAUGGGAGAUGUUCCCAGAGAUCCAAAUGACACAAUCGACAGUCUUGGAAAAACCAUGCAAGGGCUCAAGGACCGGUUGGAGAACUUGGAGCAACAGCAUCUGCGGGCCAACGUAUCCGGCGCCUCGUUCCCCAGUGAGCUCCGCGACCUGCUGCAGCGUCGCCUCAGGGAGCUGGAGAAGCAGCUCCUGAAGAAAGUCAGCAACCUGGAGGAGGAGAAGAGCAUGCUGUCCAAUGCCACAGCCGCCUACAGGCUGAAGACGGAGAGCACGCUGAGUGCCCUGGUGGACAGGAUCAGCGAGCUGGAGAAAGGAGGAGGAGACUUCAAGUCCCCAGAGCAGUUUAAACUGUCCCUCCCCCAGCGGACCAACUACUUGUAUGGCCGCAUCACCAAGAGCCUGCCAGAGAUGUACGCUUUCACGCUCUGCAUGUGGAUCAAGUCCAGCGCCAGUCCUGGCAUAGGGACGCCGUUCUCUUACGGUGUACCGGGACAAGCCAAUGAGAUUGUGCUGAUCGAAUGGGGCAAUAACCCGAUAGAGCUGCUUAUCAAUGACAAGGUCGCACAGUUACCUUUGGAGGUACGUGAUGGAAAGUGGCACCACAUCUGCAUCGCCUGGACCACAAGGGACGGACAAUGGGACGCUUACCAAGAUGGAGGGAAGCUGGGAAGCGGGGACAACCUGGCCGCCUGGCACCCAAUCAAACCCGGGGGGGUCAUCAUCCUGGGGCAGGAGCAGGACGUGGUGGGCGGGCGCUUUGAUGCCGGACAGGCCUUCGUGGGCGAGCUGAGUCAGGUGAACAUGUGGGACCGUGUUCUGAAGCCGGUCGAGAUCCAGUCCAUGGCUAACUGCAGCUCUUAUGUCGCUGGGAAUGUGAUCUCCUGGCUAGCAACCAACGUUGAAGUCUUUGGCAGGGGAGCGUUCAAGCGGCCCCUGGAGAUGUGUCAGGAGCGCCUGCCUAACGCUUAAAACUCUUGUGCCUCUCUUUAGAUUAGCUGCUGUUUCCGUCCACUCAGCAUUUGUUUAUUGUCUGCUCGGUGGUUCACAGACUUUACGUUGCAGUUUUGUUUAUAUCUGUUCUGCACAGAGAGAUGUUUGAUGAUCAUGAGGUCAUGUGGAGACUGAACGCCGUCAUUGACCGGCGGCACAGACUGACUAAAGUACAAUCUUUCAACACACCCACCACUAAGGUUCAAGUUCCCUUUAGGUAUCGGUGCUAAGACAUCCUUUACUGUACAUCCUCAUCCCCACACAGACUCCCACACACCCCUCCCUCCACACUCGAGAGCUUCUCGGUAAUGAAAAUCCACUGUAGUCCGGCGCAGACGCACUGCUACUACAACAAGGUCCAGACGAGCUGACAGUUUGGCAUUAACAUGUGAGUGGGUGUUGCGUGCAGUGUGGGAGUAAAGGGAGGAAAGAUUAAAGGUCUGGCUAAUGUUAUGUCUAUUGCUUAACUAGGGAAUGGGCUUAGAGCCAACUUCAAUCACACCUGUUAUCCUGACAUGUCAAAGGGAGUACAACUGGGAGCGAUUUGACACUUUGUCUGUUAUGUGUCGCUGGUAGUUAGAGCAUGAUGUAACUUAAUGAUAUGGCAGGAGCGCUACUGUUGACCCAGUUUUACAGCCUUCAUUUAAGUUUAAACGCUUCAUUCUUAGCGUACAUGACCAGUGAUACUAGCGAGUCUAUCACAGUGCUUUCUAUCCUUGCCUUUAUUCAUUGGAAUGAAACCUGUUUAAAUGGUGGAAAUAUAUCCAUUGCUUCAUUGUUGUGAGAUAUCUCGAUUUGUAACAACUUAAACCGAUCAAGACUUUCAAAAAUGUAUUUUCAAUGUGUCGUGUCAUUUUACGAUAUUAAGUGUCCAGAGAAAUGUUUUUUAUUUCUGUAAUCUCUAUUUUUAGCACAUGUGUAAGGCUUUGUCUGUCCUGUCAUGUGGCCUUCUUAUGGAGACCUAAGUGCCAUUAAAUGUUUUCUAAGUGUUUAGAAAAUCCUUUGCUUUGCCAAUAAAUGAAAAUGACUGC